GGCGGAACGGAUUUUGCCGGCGCUGGGGAGGCAUUUUUGGAACGGACUGGGGAAAGGAAGUGUGCUGCACUAUCGAGGGUACCCACUCCCGGCUUCUGCGGGGACGGUGCGGGUCGUUCGCGUUCCGGCUGUCCCCGGUGAGCCUGAGCCUUUAGGUCUCCGGUGACGGGUGGAAGCCACCACAGGCUCCAGACCUGGUUGUUUCGGCGGCACACGGAACGGGCCGACGUUGGCCGCUGUUCUUUCGCUGCUCUUGCUGACCUUGGCCCAGGGUCGGAGCCCAUGGCAGCUUGGACUGCCGUCAGCCUGAGCAGGGCCGCUGCCCCUUGCUUGUGGGCGCGAGGCCCCGGGGCCCGGGCGGCUCUUCCGCUCGGCCCCCCGGCCUCCCAGCCUGCGUCCUCGGACUGUAGCCCCGAUCGGGGCAGGAUGCUGCACCUCACCGCGGCGGUCCCCGCCGGGCACAACAAGUGGUCCAAAGUCCGGCACAUCAAGGGUCCCAAGGACACCGAAAGAAGUCGCAUCUUCUCCAAGCUCUGUUUGAGCAUCCGCCUAGCGGUUAAACGAGGCCCCAACCCUGAGCUCAACAGCAAUCUGGCCAGCAUCUUAGAGGUGUGUCGCAGCAAACACAUGCCCAAGUCAACAAUUGAGGCAUCGCUGAAAAUGGAGAAAACCAAGGACGUUUAUUUGCUUUAUGAGGGUCGAGGCCCUGGUGGCUCUUCUCUGCUCAUUGAAGUAUUAUCUAACAGUGGCUCCAAGUGCCAUUCAGACAUCAAACAUAUCCUGAACAAGAAUGGGGGAAUGAUGGCUGAAGGAGCUCGCCACUCCUUUGACAAAAAGGGGGUGAUUGUGGUUGGAGUGGAGGACAGAGAGAAGAACGCUGUGAACCUAGAGCGUGCCCUGGAGCUGGCAAUCGAAGCAGGAGCUGAGGAUGUCAAGGAAACUGAAGACGAAGAGGAAAAGAACAUUUUUAAAUUUAUUUGUGAUGCCUCUUCACUGCAUCAGGUGAGGAAGAAGCUGGACUCCCUGGGCUUGUGUUCUGUGUCUUGUACGCUGGAGUUCAUCCCCAACACAAAGGUGCGGCUGGCUGACCCCGACCUGGAGCAGGCUGCCCGUCUCAUCCAGGCUCUCGGCAACCAUGAGGAUGUGAUCCAGGUCUAUGACAACAUUGAGUAACCAGUCUGUGUGUGCCCUUGGGCUCCUUCCCAGGCAACUGGCAGCCUAUUCUGGAGCACAGGCUUCUGCAGCAUCCUCUGAGACUGAAGCAGAUGGGGGCCCUAGCAGGUUAGGAGGCAUAAGGACUGCAGCUCUAUGGCUAAGGGAAUCACCACAUCUCUGUGGGGCCUCUUUGUCAGCUCUGCUGGUAUGUCAGAGCCCUCCUGGAUGAGUCCCCCCACUCCCUCCUGGAUGCAGGGUGGCGCCAGCCAGCUGAUCAGACUCUGAUCUCAGGAAGUUGGCCCUUGUGGGGAUGGUAGGUGCCCUGAGGGCGCGUGUACUAGAAACUGCUCUUAAAUAAUAACAGUGAUUGAUCUGGUUUGCUGCAUCGCUGUUGUAUGA